AUGCGCUUCUCAACUCUCGCCACGGCUCUAGCCUCCGUCUCCUCGGCCUCAGCAGCCAUCUACGCCAUCACCGUCCCCGCCGUCCUCACCCCGAACACAACUUUCCCCCUCACCUUCAACUCCAACCUCGACGCGACAAACUCUCUCGACGUCGCCGUCGCCUACGGCUUUGGCGCACCACCCCCCUACGCCGGCGCCCUCGGCUUCAACUUCAAGACCAUCUACCUCGCGGGUGAGGAGUCUGGCUACAAAAUGGGCACCAACUACACCGUCGACGUGGUGGCGCCUGCUGCCAUUGCAGGAUACAAUGGAUCCGUUGUUGUUACCGCGGCUGUGUACCAGAUUUUCGGCUACUCGGCUACUUACUUUUUGAAGACGUUCAAUGUUACUGUUGACGUUGGUGAUGCGUCGCCGGAUGAUGGUGUGGUUUUCAAUGGCGAUGGGGACAAUAAGGCUACUUGUAACCUUUAG